AUGGAUAACCAUUCACUACGAUCAAAGGCCUCCGAGGCUACUCUGGUAUCCCUCUUAGAGCUCGACCCGACACCUAUGGACUCCCCGAAUGUCGACAAGGACCUCCCACCGCUACCAGGCCAGACCGACGACGGAAAACUCUCAGACUCGACCGGCUCUGUCAAGUCCCCUACCACCUCGACGGGCCUUGGGUUAAGCGGCAGCGGCCAUGGCGCAAUCUAUUACCUAACCCGCAUCCAGCGCUACUCCUCCUACACCUUCACGCUCUUCAGCGCCCUCCACCUCGCAACAACCUCCAUCAUCCCCCUCGCCGCGCGAUCCGUGCCCGCCUCCGAGUCCUACCUCCUCCUCGCCCGCGAGAUCUACCAAACACCGCUCUCGGAGCCCCUUCUCGUGGUCCUGCCCGUGCUCGCGCACGUCGGCUCCGGCGCCGCCGUCCGCCUCCUCCGCCGCUCCCACAACCGAACGCCCGCUUACCAACGGGGCGGGAGCACCCCCCGCCGGCCCACCCAAUACCUCCGCCCGCCACCAAAACCGCCCCCGGGGCUAACAAGCGGCUUGGCCCGGCCUUCAAGCUAA